GCCAACUUUAAGUUGGGGAGCUAGCCAACAUCAGUUCAAAUCGGAUACCAAACAUUCAACUCUCGACGGGCAUAUCCUCGAGGUUUCGAUUGGUAUGCGGGACCCUCGUAGUAGUUGACCUUGUCGGGAGUGCUAGCGCCACGGCAACAACGAGCGGGCCUCAGAUACGGAUCGGUACACUAGCAUCUCCAUCGAGCUUCGUCCAGGCCGCGUUGCGAUCAAGUUGCCUACCACAUAAGCCAUGGCUACCCUAGACUCUUCCCCGGCGCAGCUCGCUCGAGCGCUUGUCGAUUUCUCUGUCCAUGGCUCCUUCCCUGAAGACGAAAUCUCCUCAUUGCCAGUCAACGCCGAAUCGUUACCGACAGCCAUCCAAGCGCUUGCAGAGGCCAGGGCAAAGCUCCAGGCAGAGAUCCAUGCGAUCAACGAAGAGACAGCCGACGAUGUGAGGUCAUGGCAAGCGAAUGCGCAAUCUGUCCAGGAGGACAUCCUCCGGUCCAAGGCUCUUGCGGCGGAGAUCAUCAGGGCAUCUGAAGCUCCUACCGUGCCCGGGGCGACCGUACAUGAGAUCGAAGCGAGAGCCGACUUCUUGAUACGCGAGCUGAAUUACAACGCCCAGGUCCAGGAGACGCUCAGAGGCAUCAAGACCGUGAAUCGCACUCUGGACGAGGUCGAGCAGGCCCGGGACGAACGGCGCAUACUGGAUGCGCUACGCCUCCUUGAAAGAUCGUGGAAGGAGUUGGAUGCCCUCCCAGUAACUAAGGCAUGCCGUGCCGUCAAACUGCUCGACAUCAGAGCGUUCGAACUGAAGUCGGACGUUCAUGAGGUCCUGGAACGUGUGUGGACCACGCUUAUCAAUGUUGACACCGAGAACCAGAGAGUCUCGAUAAGCAGGACUAGGGAAGAUGAGCCCAUGAGCCUCGAGGACGUCGUGGUUGGCUUGAAAGCGUACAAGGAGGUCGACCAACGGAUGGAUCGACUCUGGCAGGAUAUCAACAAAGCCAUCCUCCUUCCGAGGAUGAAGAUUACCAGAGACACAUUGCCAGCCCUUCAUGCACAAGACGGCAUCUUAGAAGUGCGAGGCUCAGCAGACAAAACGGUCCAGUCUUUGUUCGCAGAUCUCGAACAGGUCUUCUCUUUCCUGGUACAGCAACUCCCGCCGGAUCUUGUCGAGACCAUUUCGUCCACACUACUGCCUGGAACGAUGCACAGCAUCACGAGUGUUUGGCUUGAUGCAGCCGUUCCAUCCUCUCUUCAGGACAUGGAGAGGUUUCAGGACGUGAUCACAGCUACUAGGGACUUCUGCGCGAGGUUGAAAGCCCUUGGGUUCUCAAACCUCGGCGGUCUGCGAGAAUGGACGGAGAAUGCGCCCAGGGUAUGGCUUUCGAAAUGCAGAGAGGCAGCGCUGGAAUCGGUUCGGACCAAGCUUUCAAGCGGUCUCGGGGCAUCGAAGCGGGUCGAGAAGGUCGAAAAGCAGAUGGUUUCGAGAUUGGAGCGUCAACAACUACUCGCCAAUGGUGCCGUGACCUCCAGUGACGACCACGGUUGGGACGCGUGGGAUGACGGGGAUCAGGGAGCGGCUGAGGAUGCAGCAGGCCGCGGCACGGAUAAACAAGCGGGAGAGGGGGACGAUGAUGGGACUGAUGCGUGGGGCUGGGGCGAGGAAGAAGCCCCUGGAGAGGAGCCAAAGGAGAGCAAACCAGACGAUGAAGAGGACCCCUCAGCGGCGUGGGGAUGGGGCGAUGAAACCAACGACGACGAUGUCAAAGCUCCGGAGAGGCCACAAGCGACGGCGCAGCCAGAAUCGCAGACCAGGGAGUUGAUAUUGAGAGAAUCAUACAGCAUCUCUUCCAUGCCUCAGCCAGUCCUCGAUCUAAUCUACGCCCUCGUCGAAGACGGUGCCACGCUGACCCAAGAGCACUUCACACAAAGCCCAGUCGCGACGCAAGCAGCGGGCUUAUUCAGUCUUCCCACCCUUGUCCUGGCCAUGUUCAGGGCGGUUUCACCUCACUACUAUGCUCCGGAAAUCGGCGGCAAUAUGUACCUCUACAACGACUCUACCUACCUCGCAGAGCAGCUCUCAAACUUCGCCACAUCUUGGAAGACACGCGACGGCAUCACUCCGCGAGCGCAGAACAUGCUCCGGCUAGAUAAUGACGUCAAAACCCUCCAAAACUUUGCCAACCGCGCCUACACCAACGAGCUGAGCAUCCAAAAGACGGUCUUGCGCGACCUGCUAGGUGGUGAACAAAACUUGAUGCAGCAAGACGACACCGCAUCCUCUGUCUCAGCCGCCGUCACCCGUGUGCGCUCCCUUGCCGCGGCCUGGGAAGACAUCCUGGCGCGCUCCGUCUGGCAGCAAGCCGUCGGAUCGCUGGUCGACGCGGUCGCGGCCAAGAUCAUCGCCGACGUCAUGGACCUGCCGUCGAUUGGACAGGACGAGGCGUACAACAUCGCCAAGCUUAUCGCCUCUGUCGAAGAGCUGGAUGACCUGUUCCUGCCCAGCCGACUCCAGGGAGAAAGAAGAGGAGGAGGAAGAGGAACCGAGAAGGAGGAAGAGGGCGAUGCCGUCGAGGUGCCGGUUACGGCACAGUUUGCGGGCAACUGGCUCAGGCUGAAGUACCUGAGCGAGGUGCUGCAGAGCAAUCUGAGGGAUGUGAGGUUCUUGUGGGUGGAAGGGGAGCUGAGCUUGUAUUUCACUGCCGAGGAGGUUGUGGAUCUGGUCAACGCCAGCUUUGAGGAUAAUGCGCGCACGAGAGAGGUCAUACGAGAGAUCCGCGGGAAUGAGCGGCCUUUGGGAGAGGGGAGGGGAUGAGUCCGCACAGGCGAGAGUAGGUGGGGACGAGAGCGGGAGCGGCCUAUGUUGGACAAGGCUCAUGGAUGGUGAGGCACAGAGAAGGAGUCGGACGCGUUGUCUGAACUCAUAGCAUCCCCCUGGCAAGUUGGUCCAUCGAGCGGCUGGUAUGUAGCUCCUCGUGGUGCGGCCCAUUUUCCGCGCAAAAGUACCUGGGUAGCCUGCCCGAAUAACUCCUCCUGACAUCAGGACCAAGGGAGAUUUAUUGUUUGAUUACGGCUUCAUCUUG